UUGGGGGGGGGGUUUCGGGGCUGGGGAGGACGCCAUACGGGCACGAUGAGCGCAGUGAAAGUUGAAGAAGAGGAGAAAAGAGAUGGUCAGGCUUUGAGUCCACGUAUCCGCUGAACAGCGACUCCCUAUCAGACUGGCUGCUGCUGAAGUGGAGGCGCUGCUUUAGCUGGAAGAAGAAGUCAGUUUCUAGAAAGCAGUAGGGGGCUCCGGAGAUGCCGCUCCCCCCCAGGACACUGCUCUGUCUGGGCAUGCUGCUGAUGACCGCUGGGGGGGUCAUGGUCCUGUGCCUGGGCCUGCCCCAGCAGUCGGGCCCUCUGUUUCUAGUCGGGCUGUUCAUGAGCCUGGGCGGCGUGGGCCUGCUGGUCAGUGGACUCUGCAUGGCCAUGAAGAAUCUCCAGGUGGCAGUGCCCGGACACUUCCUCCUGCACCCGCGCACAGGCACGCGCUUCAGCCCGCAGCAGGCCCUGGCUAUACAAAGGAGGUUGGACCGAAUUCGUCGGGAGAUGUCAGAGGACUCUGUCAGCAGAAUACCAGAUCCUGAACCCUCUCUCCCAUCCACCCCUCCACCCUGGACUAUGGAGCCACCUCCAUCCUACGACACAGUGAUGAAGAGCCAGGAGCACAGCGAGCAGCUUUAACCUCUCAACUCUGGCGGACAUAUGUAAUUUGCAUCUGUGCCUUUUGUCUUUGGUUCUCAGCGAGAACCUUGAACGAACAGUCGGUGCUAUGGACGAACUCACUGGCCUCUUCUGUGCCUUCCGACAGCCGCCCUGAACCCAAACACAAGCCAAGAAACAGGAAGAGACUGCAGCUGGUUAAAGACUUCAUAUUUGUACAGACUGUGCCCCACUGUGGCCUCUGUGUCUACUAAAACUGUGUUGUGAUUGAUUGUGAAAGGAAUUGAAAUGAUCACCACAACUGCUCUAACACUCUCUACACCAAGGGCCUUUCUUGAGACCAGCAUUAUGUAACUUUUACAACAAAGUCGAGGGAAUCAUGUCAACAGCUUGGCUGCAAGCCUCCUGCAGACAUCUCAUUAGGAUAUUUUUAUUGGCCUGCUUGAAUUUAAUGUGACCUACUACUGUGGCUGCACUGCACUCUUCUUCAAACAUGAUAAGAACUUUCCUCACAGCUACUCUUUGUAUCUGCACUCUUUCCUCUUAUAAUUUUAUACGAGAUUUAUAGACAGCUCACUCCAAUGCAAAGUGCCUUAACCGGUGACAGCAAAAUGAAAAAACAGAACAGUGAAAUUUAUCUUUCAGCUUUGUAUCCGGUGUUUGUAUAAUGUCCACUGUUCGUGCUAUGUUGUGAUGUUACUAUAAACUUGAGUUAAUGAAUA